AUGCCGCUUUUUCUACUCCUAUUCAUGAUAUUAGUCAUUGAUUGCAAAACCGAAGACCCCUAUCGAAGAAGACAAAAGGAUUAUGAAUUCCUAAAAGAACUCAACGAUUUCGAAAUUAAAAUUUUGCGAGAUUUCGUCCGAGGGCGUGGCACAGCUUCGGUUUCACGAUUACCAUUUGAUGAAUAUUUCCAUGAAGCCGAAGAUGUAAAGUUAGACGAAAAUCAGCCAGAGUUAUUUGCGGCUGGCGAUACGGCUGCCCUUUCAAAUGACGAUGAGGGGAAUUUUUUGACACUAGGCAGGGUACAUCUGCCUAAUGAAAAGAACGACCUCAGAGAAAAAGCCUUUAUUGAGCCAAUUACGAAACCAAGGGUGGCCCGGCCCCAGGUCACAAGAAUCAGCCCGAAAAGUCGGGUACGAGAGUUUGGCAGGAAUUUCGAAGAACCUCGAGAGCCGGAUAAGGAGACGUUUAAGGAAUAUGCUAUGAUACUACAGCAACUUAUUGAUGUUCGGAAGGCUGCCGUUGCUGCUCCGACCUUUCCAAGCACGAUCGUCGCUUCAGAACCUCGUAGGAACGCUAAACCGAUCCGCGGUCGUACCGAAAAGAAAAUUGUGGCCCAGCACGCGGCACGAAAUGUACCCGCUUGGCAGCCUGUCGUUGAGCGAAAGAGUGAAGAUGAACCGCCCCAAAAAUCAGAAGAAAAUUGGGAAGAAAAGAUGCACGACCUGUCAAAGCAGCUACACUCCCUACUCGCCCAAAUAAAAGAGACGAAGAAGAAAUCGAAGAAAAACAUGGAAAUCCGGCGGCCGAAACCGAAAGUGACCGUGCUGCGAAGCGGAUCGGCAGAGCAGCGAAAUGACAACGAAUAUCUUUUGUGGCCUCGGGACCGAUUUGCAGGGGCGGAAUGGUUUUUUGAAAAAAUUAGCCGAGAA